AUGACGGACAAGAGCCCCGACGCGUUCCGCACCAUUUCCGAAGUCGCCGACGAUCUGGACCUGCCGCAGCAUGUGCUGCGUUUCUGGGAGACGCGCUUUUCGCAGAUCAAGCCGCUCAAACGCGGUGGCGGCCGGCGCUAUUACCGGCCGACCGAUGUGGACCUGCUGCGCGGCAUAAGGCAUCUGCUCUAUGAGGAAGGCUACACGAUCAAGGGUGUGCAGAAGAUCCUGCGCGAGAACGGCAUCCAGUUCGCCAUCGCCAUCGGAACGGGCGACAUGUCGGCGCUUGAGGAGAUGACCCGCCGCAAUGCCGAAGCGCGCCAGGCCGAGGCGGAAACCGAAGCGGCCGCGCCGCAGGCGGGCGCCGCCGCACCGCCUGCCCAGGCCGACGCCGAUGUCGUGGUUGGCCAUGCACGGCCGCGCGGCCGCGGCCUGUUCGGGCUUGGCGGCAAGGGUGGCGAAAGCGGCGAAGGGGCCGAUCUGUCGCGCGACAACCGCACAUUGCUCCAGGAAGCCCUGUUCGACCUUCUCGAGUGCAAGCGGCUUCUCGACCAGACGCGGUAG